AUGGGCAAACAUGAAAAGGGAGCAAAGAAAGCCUUUGCUCCUCCUACACAAAAAUCACAUAGCGGGAAACCUCAGCCAAACUCAUGGAAGGAGGGCCCCCCGAGGACCGGUUCUACAGAGGCAGAGGCCAAGCCCAGCCGGCUCAAAGUAAAGAAAGAGCAGAAGGCAGCUACAGAGAAUGGUCCAAGCAAGAGCCAGGAGAAAAAGCCAAAGCCUCAAGACAAGCCAGCCGAGAAGAAAGGAAAGGAAAAACCAGCCCUCACCAAUGCAGAGUUUGAAGAGAUUUUCCAGAUCGUGCUACACAAGUCCCUGCAGGAGUGCUUGGAGACUUCCUGUGUCCAAGGCAUAAUACCUACCAAAUCAGACAAAGAACCAGGAAUUUCUCCUUCUGCCACUGAUAAUGAAAACACCAAUGGAGAGAAUGUGAUAAUACAUGAUAUUCCAAAGACUGCAUCUUCUCCAGAAGAGGAAGUGAACUCUGAGAUAAGGUCAUCUAAGCUAGGCCAGCCAGCUACUGAACCCUCUAAGAAGAAAUUUAAUAGAACUUCUUUAAGCAAAAGAAAGAAAGCUGAAGAUGAGAAAAUGGAGGAAAUCCAAGAGGGACAUGAGUUCAGUCUGAAAGACAGACAGAAGACAAUGAUUCAGGAUCAUUCUCAGAUCAGGGGCCAGCAGAAAGAAGAGGACAGUGGUUUUGGCCACUGUGUUGUCUGGGUCCAGUGUUCCUCUCCAAAGUGUGAGAAGUGGAGGCGACUUCGUGGAAACAUCGAUCCCUCAGUUCUCCCAGAUAAUUGGUCUUGUGACCAGAAUCCAGACCUGAAUUAUAAUCGCUGUGACAUUCCUGAGGAGACCUGGACAGGGUGUGAGAGUGAUGUGGCCUAUGCCUCCUAUGUUCCAGGAUCCAUCAUCUGGGCCAAGCAAUACGGUUACCCAUGGUGGCCAGGCAUGGUAGAAUCUGAUCCCGACCUCGGGGAGUACUUCCUUUUUGCUUCUCAUCAUGAUUCCCUGCCGUCUAAGUACCAUGUGACAUUUUUUGGAGAAACGGUUUCUCGCGCGUGGAUCCCGGCCAGCAUGCUGAAGAACUUCCAGGAGCUGUCCCUGGAGCUAGCCAGAGCGAAAAAAGGCAGGAACAAGGACUACAGUCAGAAACUGGAGGCAGCCAUAACGAUGGCUCAUGAGGCAGAGCGGAUCAAUAUUCAGGAGCGGGUUAAUUUGUUUGGUUUCUGGAGUCGAUAUUAUGGAGCUGACAUCAGUGGGGAAGGGAAAGGUCUGAGGCUCAGUGAGUCCAACAGCCACGAGUCUUGUCUAGAGGAAGAAGAGAAGGACUCAGAGGAGGAGAAGGAGGAGAAAGAAGAGAAGAAAGACCCAACUUUGCCUAGACCCAAGCCAGCUAAAAUACAGACCAAAAAAACCAAGUCAAGAGGUCCAGCGGGAGGACGAGACGGGACUCCAAAAAAGAAGCUUGCGAAGAUGUCUUCCAGCAGCGAAUCCACAGUGCCUCCUGUGCCCGUGUUGAGAGGGAAGGAAGAAGAGGGGAACUCAGACCUGGACCAUCCAGGCCCUAAGAAAAAAUUUAAAGCGCCUGAAAGCAAGGCCUCAGCCACCAACUUAUCUGAGGAGAAAGAAGUUAAACUUGUGUCUAGCCCACAAGCUCGGCACGGGGCCCAGGCGCCUCCGACACAGGAGGCAGCGAGUUUCCUCCCUGAAGAUGAUGCUUCCAGUGACCUGGAUUUGGAGCAACUCAUGGAAGACAUUGGAGAGCCAGCCGAGAGAGGGGAGUUGCAGCAGAGGGACAGCUCAGAGGAGUUCCUGGCAGCCCUCUUUGAGGAGUAGAUGUUCCGGUCUGAGGCAGGGAAGGCUCUCAGCCUUCUCAAGCAGCUGUUAGAUGGUGGGGUUGUGGGCCUGCUACAUGGU